AUGGAAGAGGAAUCGAACACUCUCUAUACAGAUGGUAUGAAAAUGUCACCAAGUAUAAUCCAGAAUGUGACAGUCAGUGGGUCUACGAUACAGCCAGGAGAACCGAGACUUUGCUCGAAUACCAAUAGCGUAAUAAUGGCUGAGAAUACGAGAGAUAAACCGCGAACCUUUCCAUACUCAGAGUUGUUGCCUUACCCAGUUGAAAAAGAAGCUGAGAGGAAAAAAGCUUUGAAAGAAAUAUUGAAGCAGCUCUACCUGUCCAUUAAGUCUGAAGAUAUAACACCUGGUGCUGUUCAUUGGACUAGAGAACUUCGAGCCUGGAUGAACUUGAAAUUCGACCUUUCACGCGAGCUACGGUCUAGGCUCGUGAAGCUUUACUACAUGCUUACAUUGGCCCCUGGCAUGGACAGAAACGCUUCUGAUAGGUUUGAAAGUAUGUUUCGAUUUCUACUCAAAAGGAAAAGAUAUUUGAAGCCUGGUCAGGAUCUGACUCUAGACUGGCGUCCUCUUUGGAAGCAACUCAAAUCUAUAGUGCUACCGCACGAGGGGGCUCAACAACAAUCAGGGGGUCGAAAGAGAAGUCAUAAAAGUAUCGUGGCCAUGUGUAAUUAUGCACCAACUUAUUUCGAUCCACGAGAUCGAAAACCAAUGCUGGAAGAAAUUCUUACAUAUUUCACCACUUCUGACGUUUCGGGCGCCUUCAUAGUCAUGGGAUGUUUAAACAUGUUAUUCCCAACGGAAGCAGUGUCCGAUGAUCCAAGUCAUCUAAAGCCACAAGAUUACCUCCCUACUUUUUUUCAUUUGUGGUCACUAGUCAACAGAUCUAAAGCUGUUGACGUGAUGUUCUUUGAUGUCUUGUCACGACUAGCUAGAGACCAUCUCUCAUACGAGCAUGUUCCAUUUACUGAACAUGGCAUUUUCACCAAGGACCAGUCUGAUAUCAUUUUUACUGCUUUAUUAAGAUUGACUGAGAUCCCUGUGGGGCAGGCAUCUUCUCCAUAUAGUGGACUUGUUGAUCUAGGAGCUGGCCUUGGCAUGCUUUUAGAGAAAGACAAAAAAAGAAAUCCAGUAGCUUAUUCAAUUGCUAGAUGGAUUGCCAUGUCUUUAUCACCGGCGUGUAUUGACAAAGCUGGCUCUAUACUUUCAAAUUUGGAGAGCCUCAUGGAAUCUGUCGAUACUUUUUUCCAUCCCUCGAACCAAGGUAGCUGGACGGAAAUACUUUCACAGAUAACUUUUUACCUUGUAGAUUUUUUCGUCAUGCGGUGGAAUCGUGAGCAGAGUGGAGAUCUUAACCCACCUCUCGAACGCAGAAUAAAUGACGAAUUAAAGAGACGAUUCGUUUUAAGCCUUAGAGAAGUCAUGUUUGUUGGCAUAUUUUCAAAAAAAGCCAAAUGUCUAAACUACUUUUUUGGUGCCCUUCAAGGCCUCUCAUACCUUGAGCCCCAUCUAGUACUACCUGGAGCUCUACAGAGAUUCUAUCCAUCCUUACAAGGGCUUGUUGAGGUUCAUCGGACUCAGUCAUCCCUUUGUGGAUUACAGAUGGUAGCGAAUAUUCUAUCCCAGCACAAAGGUCUUCGAUGUCAUAUAACGGCUUUACUCGCUCUGGCAUUGCCGGGCAUCGAUGCAAAUGACUUACAAAAGACACUCUUUACUUUGAAUUUCAUAACGGCUGUGGCGUACAGCGUGCCAUUUCAUGACCUUGCACAAGCAAACCCUGAAAUUUCAGGUUCUUAUCUUGCUAUACAAUGGGUACAGGGAGAAAUGGAGCGCAUGGAAAGGGAUGGUCCCAAUAUCGAGAUUGACUACAGAACUGAACUGAGUGACCAAGAUGAGGCAAACAUUCUCUGCUCAUCUACAGCCGGAUUUGGGGAAUUUGUUCUAUCGUUACUCGGGAAAAUCUUCACUCUUCUUGAAAAUCUGCCUGAGCUAUCCCAAGCCCAUUCUGGAUCUCCAGAGGAAAAUGUGAUAAAUACCUUGCCUGCGACAAUGGCGCCACUAUUUGCAGCUUUAUCUCCAGAAAUAUUCGAUAAGGCACUUGACAAGAUUGCCACAUUUGUAGGAAGCCAUGUUAUCCAUCAGUCUCGAGACGCGAUGGCAUUCCUAUGCAAUGCUCUUUGCAAAGCCAAUCCAGAAAAAACUUUGAAAAUCUUCAUACCUAUGUUAACUAUUGGCAUUCGUAAUGAAAUUGAUUGUAAUAAUGCUUCCUCAGAUAGGAGUAGUGGAAGUGAUGUGCUUCCUCGUGAUCGUGCCCUGGUUUGGUACGUCAGUAUGCUUAGCAUGGUGAUUGUACACGUGGGUGAUAGCCUCAUGGCAUAUAAAGAAGAAUUAUUUAAAAUUGCUCUCUAUAUGCAAGAAAAAUGCAAAGGCAUUCCUACGAUUCACAUCUCAAACUAUAUUCAUCACCUACUGUUAAACCUCACACUUAUAUACCCCAUUGACGGCGCCAUGUAUGAGCCUAGCGUCUUUAAGAAAGGUAUCGAUAUUAACGACUGGGCCAAAUUUACUGAACCAGGUCAGCUGACAAUAAAAUGGCACAACCCUUCCGCCGAAGAAGUUAGAUUCGCCGUCGAGCUCUUUGAAACACAAGUUAAGACUGCCUAUGACCGUUUAACAAAUCUCAUCAGUGAGAAUCCGUCGGUCAAUAGGAAGGGUAAGAACAAAGAGUGGUCAGAUGAAAUAUCAAGAAAUCUCUCUCAGUUAAGAUUGAUACUCUCGGGUGUUGCCACGCUAUUCGAUCCCAGAACUGCUUCAGGAAAGUACUCUAGAGAAACCAAUGAGUUUGUUAACAUAGAUAGAGCUGAAAGCAGAAGAGAUUUUAAUGAAAAAGAUGAUUCCUUGCUCGGUGAAUUUACUGAGGAAGAAGCGACUAGACCGCAAUUUCUCUACUAUGCCGGAUAUUUUUUAAAGACAGAUAGUCACGCAUACAUUCAGAUACACAAACUCCGUGAAGAAGUUGGUUACCUUUUGUCUCAAAUCCAUGAUUUUUUGACCCAAAAUCAAGAAGAUGACGUAGCAUGCUUUACUGCUCUGUAUCAAACAUAUCGAACGUGGAUUACAGACGUUGGAAAUGAGAGAUCUGCUCAUAUGUUUGAGCGUAUGGUGAAGCUAUAUCAUUCUGAUAUUCGACCUUUUAAAGUCAGUGGGCUACACAAAGUAUAUCCAAGGUCUCUACUUAUCAAGAGAGCUGGAAUCUAUCAUUUACAGCGAACAAAGCACAAUGCUUCUGCUAGACACAAAUCUAAUCUUGAUGAGCAAUUAUUGCUUGACCUUACCUUUUCUUGCAUAUCGCUUUAUGCUGAAGUUCGUAUUAACGCUCAAUCUGCUCUUGAAUCUGCUUUGAAGAGUUUGAUUGGCGGUCGUAUUCUCGUUAUACCACCUCUCCUGGAAGCCUUCAAACUAGCAUUGACCGAUUCUCAGCAUGAUGUAAUUAAAGGAUGCUUGUACACUUUAUUCUACCUAAGCCUGACCAAAACCAUUUCUAAGGAUUGGCGGUACGCACCUAUCGUAGUGGAGCUGUACAUCAGGACCGCAUCUGUUGACAAACCCUCUAUUCAAAAAAUCAGUACCAACGCACUUUAUGGUAAUCUUUCAGAGUUUGGAAAACCCCUUGACCAUUAUAUUUUAUUGGACGGGCCGAUUGUUGAAAGUAUUCGGCCGAUCGAGGAUAUCACAACCGAGAUUUCUUCGAGAAAUAGUCUUAUUGUAUUACGUAGGAAAAUGGUUGAGAGCAAAAAGCAGGAAUUAGCUUCAGAACUCGUCAAACUUUCACAGAAAGCUCACUGGAAGGUUGCACUUCGAUGCACAAUUUUUAUACUUAAUGCUGGUCUCAGGAUUGAAACUUUAGCUUCACCAGAAUUAGUGCAGCUAUUUGUAAACGGCUGUAUUAAUGACCAUCCUGGUCUCAGGGUAAGCUAUUCUGAGUCUUUCCUGCGACUAUUCAAUCACAUCGAAACCCGCGGUACCUAUGGACAUAGUUUCGAGAAGUACAUUCGUGAAGAAGAAAAUACUGUAAACCUUCUGGAUAUUACAGUCCAGAGGGAUAACCCUAAUUGGACGCGGGAUUAUCUAGAUGGAUUUGGAAGACCAGGAGUUCCAGAUUAUUUUGUUGAUAGAGACUAUCCCGGCUGGUUGUUAUGGGGGAGCACAUUUAAAGCAAGUCGGGGCUCACCACUUCCAAUUAAAGAUUGGGAUGAAUUAGAAAUAAGCGUUCGUGCCCAAAUAAGCGCCUUAUUAACUAGGGAAUGGUACUCUAAAUUUUUCGGAUAUAUGAAGCAGGAGCCUCGAGAUUCUGAUGCUGAUCGCUUCCGUGUCCAAAAUACUGCGCUGCUGAUCCAAACAUUCGACCUAACUAUCGACGGUUUAACAGCAGCCACUUUUGACGAUUUAAAUGUGCUACUAAGAGAGACUUUUGGUGAUGGUAGUGAUAAGCAUCAACAUCGUGCUACGGCGGAAAUAAUUGGUGCCCUACUCAUUUGUGUCGGUGGAAAUACCUUAGAUAAGCGCAAUAUCGUAUGGUCUCAUACCGUUCCAAUAUUACUUCAAGUGUUUUCGGAUGGGCUGACACCCGAAAAUAUCGCUUAUUGGAUGACAUGCCUUCACAUGGUCAUCGGGGGAAGGGAUCCAAGACGUGCGCAUGAAAUCUACGAAAAGCUUGCAUCAUUUAGACUAGAUAUGACCUCUAAUGCUGCGUUCAAAGAAAGCGCAAAAGUUCAAAUUCUUGAGUUUGCUAUCCAAGAUGCAGGGUGGCAUUUUCGUUUGGAAAGACCUAUUCUUAAAGACUUUCUCGCUCACAUUGAUCAUCCAUAUAAGGCUGUUAGAGAGGCGAUAGGAAGAACAAUUGCUUCCAUUUACCGCACCCGUUACUUUGAAGGCUUUAUGACUAUAGAUGAUCUUCUAUCGGCAAACAAAUCAUCGUCAUCACUAGGUAUCAAAUCGUAUGCUCCUUCAGAAGAUUUAACGACUACUAUCAAGGAUGUUUUUCGUCGUCUAGAAGUAUGGCGUCUUGAAAGAGAGCCAGGCCAACAAACGCCCUCAUCAUAUACUUCGGGCAGCAAAACAGUUCUUCUUUGGCUUGAUACCACACUACAAUCUUACGAAUGUACUCAGCUAAUAGAGUAUUUUCCCGAUAUCUUCAUGGAAGCAUUACUUCACAUGAUGGACGUAAAAGAAGACCCCGAGCUACAACGCCUUGCAUAUCUUGUAUACCGUCAUCUCCCCAAUAUACCUUUUGGUGUCGGCCAAGAUAAAAGCUUCAUUUCAGCACUGAUUCGAAUAGGCAAAGUAUCAACGUCCUGGCAUCAGCGCUUGAGGACUUUAAUCAAUAUGCAAGUCAUCUACUUUAGACGUAUUUUCCUUAUUCAGUUAGAGCAGCAAAAAGCUCUCAUCGACGCUGUUUCUGAGAUGCUCGAAGAUCCGCAACACGAGGUCCGACAAGGAGCAUCUAGCACGCUAUCUGGCAUGAUUCGCUGCUCCCCUGCCGCAUUUCGAAAUAAUAUAAUUGCCUCACUUAAAGAAAAAUUCAUGGAAAUCCUGAGAAUAACUCCAUUGUCUAAGAAGACUUCUGGCACUAACACCCCAGUUGGCACCAAUCAAAAAGUUAUCCGAAGGCAUGCUGCUGUUCUCGGACUAGGAGCUCUAGUUACAGCUUUUCCGUAUGUGACACCGCCUCCUAAGUGGAUGCCAGAAACACUCGCUACCCUAGCUUCAAGAGCUGCAAAUGAUCCUGGCAUCAUUGGAAAGACAGUUAAGCAAAUACUUGCUGACUUCAAGAAAACGCGCCAAGAUACAUGGAUUACAGAUCAAAAGCAUUUUACGCCGGAGCAGCUAGAGGAUUUGGAAGGCGUCCUGUGGAAAUCAUACUUUGCUUGA